AAAAAAUUUAAAAGCAAAAAAAAAAGGUAAAAUCCUCAUAAUUACCUAUCCAAUUAAACUAUUAAACAAAUAAAUACAAGCAAAUUUCAUUUCUACUUGGCUCUCGCCACUAACAAACAGACAAAGAUAAAAACAUUCACUAAUACUAAGAUCAAUUAUUCUUAUUUAACUUACACAAGAAUCCUCAUUUAAGAUAAAAUGAUUUGCAUUAAGGACUUUGUUCAACCCACUUAACAAUAACGUUUCAAGUAUACAGUAGUUACUGUCACAGAGAAGUUCGAAAAAAUACUGGAUGAUGUUACUAAAAUACGCCAAAUCAUCUACGAAAAGUAUCUCAACGAAAAGGCUGACAGCAAGUCAUGGUGCCUUGACUCCGAUCUUUGCUCCAUUAAGAUGGCUUUAAUGAAUUUCUCUUCCUAACAACAAUAAGAAAUAAUUCAAUUCUCUUACUUCCUCAAAGACCUCUUAGAGGAAUUCGAAUAGCUUGAAUAAUAACAAACUCUUAUUAAGCAAAGCGUUCCAUUCUAACAAAGAAAAUUUGGUAUGAACCUUCACCUCUAUAAUUAAAUGCUUAAGAAGAGAGAAAGACUUGUUAAAUACUUCAAGUAAGACGAAUAUGUUGAAGAAAUCUACUGA